UUUGUGUGUCAUCGGGUGCGCACGCUUCUUGGGACCGACAUUAUAAAUUAUAGUGCGAGAAUCACGCGUCGAGUUUUGUGUUAAAAAAAAUUAUAAACAGGAUUUUACUCUGAGGCGCAGCGCUAGUGUAGGGUGGCAUGGCGGCGACUAAGUACUCACACCCGUUCAUGCGUGGCUUGAAGCCGCUGCCCGAAGGACAUGACGACGAAAUGCAGCAGAUUAGAGAAUGGAUGAAAAGUCAGCCGCACCUGCCAUACAUAUCAGACGAGUACGUGAUAUUGUUCCUGCACUCCAACUAUUUCAAGGUGAAAGAGACCAAAGAAACAAUUGAGAGCUAUUUCACGCUGCGAGGGAACACGCCGGAUCUCUUCGCGAAUAGGGACCCUUUGAUACCUAGGAAUAAAGCUAUUUUGGAUAUCACGCAUAUGGUGGCCCUUCCGAAGCAAACAGAAGAAGGGCACCAUGUUCUUCUCUACCGCCUGGCGGAGUUCGACUAUAGCAAACUCAAUUUCGCUGACGCGGUGAGAGUAUUCUGCAUGUUUAACGACAUCAAGUUGUCGGAAGACGGCCUGUCGGAAGGAUACAUUGUUAUCUUCGAUAUGAAAGGAUGUAGUCUCGGUCAUUUGACGCGAGUUACCCUGCCUGCGCUUAGAGCUUUCAUGGUUUAUAUUCAGAACGCCCACCCGUGCCGUCUUAAAAAGAUCCACGUGGUGCACACGGUUUCGUUCAUCAACCAAGUCAUGUGUCUGAUCAAGCCGCUCAUCCACUCAAAUCUGCUGAAUCUCCUCAAUUUCUCUUCCGAAGGCCCUGAAGCCGUCGUUGAAAAGGAACUUCUUCCUGAAGACUACGGCGGCCCCCAACCUCCAGUAAAACAACUGCACGAGGAACAAAGGAAGAACAUGGAAGAAAACUAUAGAGAAUGGCUAAUAGAGUCUGAAAACUUUAAGGUAGAUGAGAAGAAGCGGAUCAAAAAACCGAGUAAAGGAAUGUUUGCCAGCUUUACUAGCAGUUUCAAGAGCUUGGAUAUCGAUUGAUUGUUGUACAGUUUUAUUGGAACGGGACCUGAUAUUUUAAAGUUUUACAGAUGUACUUUUCGUUUUUUAUUCAUUGUUACGCUAGAAUUCAAAUUGUCAUUUCUAUGUGCUUAAACACUAUGAUAACGUCGUAGGUGAGCAAAUUUUCGAUAGAGAACUAUUGAGUGACUUCUAGAAGUCGCCUUUCCAACUAGGGAAAGUUUGCAAAGACUUCUGCAAUUUUGUCUCUUACGAGGCGGGAGAUCAUUUGCUCUCGCUUAUCCACUCUCUAAUGUUGCCAGGAUUUAGUUAUACGAUCAUUUCGUUUUUUCCAGCAGCUUAGCCAACCAUUACCAAUUACAGAAGCACGUGUGUUAGUAUUAAUAAAGAAAUUUCCAGCCGUCAUAUAUUUAUAAUUAGAUCCCGAUACGUUAAGAACUUUAAAGUGCACAACGGGUUGAAAGCCUCUUGCCAUAUGAUUCCAAUAUAUUUAGAUCCGUUAAUCUAUAUUUACAAUCUUCAAAUUUAGAUGGAGUGUCUAGGAAUUAUAGGCCUGAAUAUAGUGGCAGUAACUUAUAACAAACGUUAGUUGUCGAGUUAUAGCAACUAUUUUCAGGAAAAAUAAUUUGGAACAUUUUUGUUAUGUAUAUCUAUUUUGAUCAGAUUUAAAUGUUGCGACAGGGAUUUUUUUACCUCAUUGACGUAAAGAAAUAUUUUUUGUAAUAUACGAAAAC